GGAAAAGAAAAGCACACAUUUCUGCAUCACUGCAAUUCAAAAAAGAGCUGAUUACAUGUUUCAGUUUAGAAAAUGUGGAGCGGUACGAUAUGCAAACACACAACCAGAGCACCAGAACCUCUGAGGUGUGCUGAAAGGUUGUUGUCAGCAGUUUUCACACUGUCAGUGUGCAGCAAGAGACGAUGAAGGUGUCAGCUCUGCGUCUGCUUCUCUUGCUGAACUCUCUGGAUUCUGCUUCUGCUCGAGUCUCUGUGACCGUCUCUCCAGAGAGAUCCCAGUUCUUUAAAUAUGAACGUUUCUCUGUGAGCUGUGAGGAUGAAGAGAAGGAACAAGUCACCGGAUGGAAGGUGAUGAAGAGAAUGAUGGAUGGAGAGGUACAUCCAUGCCCUUCCUGCUCCAUAUCUGCUGCAUUCCCCUUCACAGACAGCGGGGAGUACUGGUGUCAGUCUGGACAGGGAGCAACCAGCAACAGUGUCAACAUCAGCGUCACAGCUGGCCUUGUUAUCCUGGACAGUCCGGUACAUCCUGUGAUAGAGGGGGACAAUGUGACCCUGAGCUGCAGACACAAAUCCAUCCUAACGCCCACCGAGGUCCUCAAUACUGAAUUCUUCAAAGAUGGCCGCCUCAUUGGACGCAGCUCCACAGGAAACAUGACCAUUUAUAGAGUUUCCAAGUCUGAUGAAGGAUUCUACAAGUGUAAAGUCAAUGGACCCAAUAACGAAUCAGAAGAAAGCUGGUUGACUGUCAGAGCAGCGCCACCUACAGGCCAAGAUCCUCAAGCAAACCUAUUCUUCCCUGUGGUGCGCCAUCUAGUGGUGGGUUGUCCUUACCUGCUGUCCACCAUCUUACUUGGACUCAUAGGCAGGGACAGAAUUAGAGCGCUGCACGCCGAGAAGAGGAGGCAAAAAUCUGAUGAUGUCAUUAUGGAGAUGGCGCAAUACAGGGUGGGCCAUCCUGUGUGACCUUUGAGACGGACUCCAGGUUGAAGACGAAGACCACCACAAAAGAGUAACAUCCCUGUCUCCGUAUUCAUCUUCAGAUUCAAAUUCAGACAACUUUAUUGAUCCCAAGAAGAGCAAUUCAUUUAUAGCUUACCACACAACAUUUAACAUCUACAACACAUCCAUCAUAUAUACAUGCUACAAGUCACAAGUCAGGCACUGGGUCUGUACAUGGGACUUGAGGGUCUGUAGAGGACAGCAAUAAGUUAAUGUAAUAAAUAAAUAACAGUAAGAUACGACAACGAUUAAAAGACAAUAUAAUCUCUUCUCAUACCAAUGUUAUUUAAAAUGACUAAAUAGACUGCCGUCGGAGUUUAAAAGCCUGAUAGCAGAUGGGAUAAAAGAACCUUCAAUCUUAAAAUUUAAUAUUUCUUAGUUGUUCUUAUUCUUGACUUCUAACUCAUUACCGUCUGUCUGCUUUAAUCUGUUUUUUGAUGGUCCAGCAUUAUGUGAUGUUUGACUUAUCAUAACCAGAGUCUGAGUCAUUCGACAGCUUUCGAGCGGCUGAGAUGAAGCGGUCACGUUUCCAUGACGAUGUGUUUUAUAACUUUGAAAGGAAGUGCUGGUGUUUGAGGUGUGAAGUCCGCCUGCUUGGGGUUAGAAAGUCAACAUCAACAGUGGUUAUUAACAACUUUUAUAUUUCAAUGUUUGAGAUAUUUUACUGACAUUUGUAAUAUUUGUGGUAUAACACUGAAAAUAAACUUUGUCAUUAUUUCAUCAUUCA